AUGGUCGACUCCGAAAGAGCGGCGACGCCACCGAGAACAGCUCGACCAGGCUCCAUACCACGAUCACCGAUGACGCCAGAAAAGAUCCGGCGCAUGGAAGAAGCUCGCCUGAAAGCAAAAGCUCUACGAUCACAGCAACUUGCAUCGACUCAGGAAGUACCAGCAAACCGCACACCCUCAGGCUUCCUCGCCGGACAGAAACGACCGCACACUGCUCUAUCUGGAGCUUCGGUGCAACCAAAUCAACGCGACGCACGGCAGGCACAAUCUGGCGACAGAGAUGGUUUCAGUAAACCAGCUCGCGACUCAGGCAUCGAACCAGCCAAAAAGUUUCAGAAGUUUGUUGAAUAUGACUUCAGCAAGAUGACGGACACCAAAGGAGGAUUCUUGACAGCCGAAGACGAUCCACACAACAGAGCACUGCACACGCCAAACCAAGAGCAGAAGCCGGCCAAUAUGACGCUAAAGGAAUGGGAAAAGGCACAGUUGAUCAAGAAGCUGAAGAACGAAAGAGCUGGUCCUUACGAACCGGGUCUUAGUGCUCUAGGCGGAGCAAAAGAGCAGAAGAAGUGCAGGGAAUGCGGCACUUUGGAGAUUGACUGGAAAUGGGACGAUGUGUUUGGAUGUCAAGUGUGCAAAGCGUGCCAGGAGAAGUUUCCCGACAAGUACAGCUUGCUCACCAAAACGGAAGCACGAGAAGACUAUCUCCUUACGGACCCAGAACUCAAAGAUGAACAACUACUGCCACGGUUGGAGAAGCCAAAUCCGCACAAGUCAACAUGGAACAACAUGAUGUUAUACCUGCGCUAUCAGGUAGAAGAAUAUGCAUUCUCAGACAAGAAAUGGGGCAGCCCGGAAGCGUUGGACGAGGAGUUUGAGAAGAGGCAGGCCGAGGCCAAACGAAGAAAGGAGGCCAAAUUUAAGAGCAAGCUAAAUGACCUGAAAAGGAGAACGCGAGUGGAUGCAUACAAGCGCCAAAAGGCGGGGGUCGAGGGUGGAAACUUUGGAGACAAGCUUUGGGGCUCAAAGCACGAACACGAAUGGGGUCGAGCGGUCGAAAACCCAGAGACGGGAGCAACUGUCAAGACGUGCAUCGAGUGUGGUAUGGAGGUCGAGGAGCUGGAGUUCUGA